AUGGCAGGCUGGUUUUCCUCCACCUCGCCGCUCGACGAGCAGAUCGAGCGGGCGACUGCUUCCUCGCUAGAGGACAUAUCGCUUAACUUGGAAAUUUCUGAUUUGGUGCGAUCGAAAAGCGUGCAGCCCAAGGAUGCAAUGAGGUCCUUGAAACGCCGCUUGGAGAACAGAAAUCCAAAUAUACAAAUUGCGACUCUCAAAUUGACCGACACUUGUGUCAAAAAUGGCGGUACACACUUCCUGGCCGAAAUCGCCUCUCGUGAAUUUAUGGAUAACUUAGUUUCACUACUGAAAUCCGAAGGUGCUCCAAUGAAUUCUGAUGUACAGCGGAAGGUACUGGAACUCAUACAGAAUUGGGCUAUGGCAGCUCAGGGCCGAAUGGAUCUGAUGUACUUGGGCGAGACAUAUCGCAAGCUACAAAAUGAGGGAUUCCAGUUUCCUCCUAAAACAGACGUCAGUGGGAGCAUGUUGGAGAGCAAUGCGCCGCCUGAGUGGAUAGACUCUGAUGUCUGCAUGCGUUGUCGAACCGCCUUUAGCUUCAUGAAUCGCAAACACCACUGCAGGAAUUGCGGUAAUGUCUUCGAUGCACAAUGCUCCAGCAAGACGCUUUCUCUCCCUCACCUCGGGAUUUUGCAGCCUGUCCGAGUCGACGACGGAUGCUACGCCAAACUAACUUCCAAGUCGCUUCCUCCACCGGGACUCUCUGACAGAUACGCAUUCAAGAACCACUCUAUCACCAAGUCUAGUUCAAUGGAACCCCGUGGAGCCAGAGUAGAUACUAGUUUCGAUGAUGAUCUUCGCCGCGCCCUCCAGAUGAGUCUGGAAGAGGCAGAAGGAAGAGGGCCAUCAGGGUUUGUAUCACAGACUGGCAACGUCCCCCAACCAGCCCAUGUUCCCCAGCAAGUCUCUGCACCUCAGCCAACAAGUGAUGACGAGGAAGACGCAGAUCUCAAAGCUGCAAUAGAAGCGUCACUUCGAGAUAUGGAGCAGCACAAGCAGAACCAUGCAGCUGCUUUGAAGAAUAACGUACCAUCAGGUGUCCCCUCGGGCGCCUCUGCCAGCACUCCGGCCCCGUUACCGAAGAAUCCAUACGAGCUGAGCGCUGUUGAGACAGAGAACAUCCAUCUCUUCUCGACUCUGGUAGAUCGACUGCAACAUCAGCCACCAGGCACCAUUCUUCGUGAGCCCCAGAUCCAAGAGCUCUACGAUAGUAUUGGCGCCCUUCGACCCAAACUCGCCCGAAGUUAUGGCGAAACCAUGAGCAAGCACGAUACCCUGCUUGAUCUACAUUCGAAACUAUCGACCGUCGUUCGUUACUAUGAUCGUAUGUUGGAGGAGCGCAUGUCCAAUGCAUACUCUCAAACAACUUUCGGCUAUGGAGCCGCUCCUGGAGCGCCUCAGUACCCGGCCAUGAAUGCUACUCCCUAUAGACAGGAUAGGACGACUGGUGCAGAGAACUUCUAUUAUGACAACUCCGCCGCAGGGUACGCGCAAACUCCAAACAGCGGUGUGCCGAGCAACAUCCCCCAUGUAUACCCACAACAGGCUCAAAGUAGUCCUGCAGAGUCCCAAAAUAAUGCUUGGAACUACAAUCCAUAUCCAACUCUAGCAUCACCUCCACCCAACAGUGUCGCGCCCAGCAACCAGGCUCCUCCAGGACCCGCAGGUCCGCCACAAUUCUCGGAGACGCCUUACCAACAGUCCCCCAUCGUUCGGCGCGACUCUCAGUACCAACCAAGCGCACCAGAGCCGUACUCUGAGACAGUACAAUCGCCCGCUUACACCACUGGAGCUGGCAUUCACCAGCAGCCGAACGGACCUCCGCCUCAAUCAUACUAUUACCAACAUCAGAACCCUAAUACAGUACCAUCUGGAUAUCCACCCCUGACUGGCCAACCGGGACCAUAUCCGGAGGCCGGAGAAGUUCAGGCCCCCAAUUCCCACCAUCAGCCUCAGCCACCUGUGGAGGAGAGCUUAAUUGAGCUCUAG